GCGGGCGUUCCAGUUAGUAACAACGGUAUUCUCGGGGGUAGCACGCACCGCAGCGCAGCAUACAUAGUGCACAAUAUAUUAUUGUAACGGAAGUUUUUCGUUAUUUUAAUUAUUUUUUUCGCACAUCAUUCGAAUUCGCGUCCCGUAGUUUUUCUUGAAACGUUUCUUUUCGUCGGGCUUUCGCCCCUCCUCCACUAUCCGCCAUCGUCGAGUCGAUCCGCGACGCGACAACGCGGACAUCGUAAGUAAUCGUACGGUUACAAUAUUGUAACACUGCAGAAUCGCCGGUCGGUCGAGAAUUUGGUCCCGCAGAUACCGCCGGGAAGAUUGGAUUUUGAGCCACGUAAUCGCGCGUUGAGUCCGGAAGAAGAUUGCGUUUAGACGACGGAAGUCCGAAUCUGAUGAAUUGUUCCUCGAAAGUACAAACAGUACAGUAGGGAGACGUGGACAAAACAUAUAAGCUCAUAUUUUGAGGAAAUGUGUUAAAAUAAGAACCAAAACAUUUUUUAUAAUCUACACAGACGAAAGAAACUGAACCUAUUCCCGAAUAUAAAACAUGUUGGACGUCAAGAGGUCGAUUUCCAUGCUUCCAGCACCGGUAAACUCGGAACCAGACACGGAUCUGACCAGUCUGAACUGGUUGCAUAGUUUAACAAAUAUACUUUCGGUGCCAUCUUUGCCGACUCCUCCCGAUUCACCUAAUUCGCCCACACGUUUAGCAGAUCAGAACCCCAAAAAACUUCCGCACAAAAUCCGUUUCCAAAUGAGUUUGGAAAGUGCCGAACAGUACAAAAACAAUGGAGACAAAAAACCGCCAUUUUCAUAUUCUACAUUGAUUUGUAUGGCUAUGAAAGCUAAAGGGAAUAAAGUUACGUUAAGUUCUAUUUAUGGUUGGAUCAGAGAAAAUUUUUUGUACUACCGUAACGCUGAUCCCAGUUGGAAGAACUCAAUCAGACACAAUUUAUCGUUAAACAAAUUCUUCGUAAAAGUGCCGCGAUCUAAAGACGAACCAGGUAAAGGAGGAUUUUGGAAGUUUGACGUCGAUUGCUUAGAAGGCGGUGCUCGUCGUAAACGAACAAGUAGCCGGAGGCGGGCAAGUCGGAUGCAGCAAAAGAACAACGCGAGCAAGAAACAACACGGAGAGAUGACCGUCGAGGACGAAAAAGCGCUCGAGUUGGCCGUCCAGUCGCUGGAAGAGGAACAGCGACAUAUGGACAAUAAUUUGGACGGUUUCCACCAGCAUCCGUUGAUACUUCCUGUCGACGAGCCGAUGGGCGUACCCGAGUUGGUCUACAGCUGUUCGAUAAACGCAGCCACCGUGGAUCCGUUCAUGUCUUCUGUAGUCGAUUACACGAUAAUCGACAUACCCAACGACCAUCAGCCACAAAUCGCCACGGACGAAGAGCUAACCAUGCUCACGAACUUGACGUGGGAUGAUUCGCAAAUGGAUCUACUCGAUUCGUUGCUAGACUCGUUGUAGACAGGCUUUAAUAAUAAUUAUUAUACUGUGCAGUUGGUAUGCGUUAUUGGAUCCUAUAUAUUAUAUACUAUAUCAUUUUCAUUAUUAUACUAUAUAUGAUGUUAUAAUACCGAAUCCAUUCCGGCAUUCCGUUUCGAGUGUUUUGACGUGUCAAAGUGAAACUAGUCUUUUUAUUUUUAUUUUACAUUUAUUAAUUUUUUUUUUUUUUUAUUACCAUUGGAUUUAACGUAGAACGAAACGGCGAGAUCGAAAGUGUGAUACAAACUGUUUGGAUAGAGCUUGAUAACUUUAGUGUUUAUUUAGACGUUUAAUCAACCACAACCGUAGGUGAGUCUCUGAAGACAACAUAUAGAUACCUACCUAUCUUACCAGUUUGCAACAGACUUUCCGUUUCACCCUGUAUCGCGAACGAGAAUAUAUUUUAAGUACUAACGACUUGUAUAGAAAAGUCACCCAAUUAAUCCUAUAAUAUCGUAUUGUAAUAAUAUGUUUAUCUUUUCUUUUUACGUACCUAUAUGAUAUGCAUUACUGUAUGUGUUUGUUGUAUUUUUAUGUUUAUCUUCGUUUCAACGAUUUCUCGAUGUGUUAACAACAAAAUAGCGAUUUAAAUUGUAUUAUUUUUUUGAAU